ACACGCUAACGUUUAAUUAGGUUAGCUAACUCACCGUAUACAUUAUACUUAGCGUGUGUCACUCCUGUCACAGAGAGAGUCACACUGAUAUACCGGACGCAAAGCUUCGCCUCAAAGAGUAAACACAGCCCCAUUAUGAGGCAUGGACGAUCAGAAUAUAACCAAAGUGGUCCUGCUGGCCUGCGGGUCCUUCAACCCCAUCACCAACAUGCACCUGAGGAUGUUUGAACUGGCUCGAGAUCAUCUGGAGGACACAGGUCAGUACAGGGUGGUGAAAGGCAUCAUCUCUCCGGUGGGUGAUGCCUACAAGAAGAAGGGUUUGAUUGAGGCCUGCCACCGCCUGGAAAUGGCCAGAUUGUCCACAGAGAGCUCAGACUGGAUCACAGUAGAUUCCUGGGAGAGCCUGCAGCCGGAGUGGGUGGAGACAGCUAAAGUCAUUCGGCAUCACUAUGACGAGCUGCUUGCAGCAGAGCAGAACAACGAUGAUGUGGACACGGUCAAGUACGCAAAGAAGAGACGUAUAGAGGAGAAUUAUUUUGAGGGUUCGUCUCAUCACAAAAGGAGAGAUGGCCCUCAGCUAAUGUUGCUGUGCGGGGCCGAUGUCCUGGAGUCCUUUGGUAUCCCCAACAUGUGGAAGCAGGAGGAUAUCGCUGAGAUUGUUGGCCACUACGGUUUGGUUUGCAUCACCCGCAGUGGCAAUGACCCCCACAAGUUCAUCCACCAAUCAGACACGCUGUGGAAGUAUCGUAAGAACAUCCACGUGGUCCACGAGUGGGUGACCAACGAGAUCUCGGCCACUCACGUGCGCCGGUCACUGCGUCGAGGUCGGAGCGUCAAGUACCUGCUGCCAGAAGCCGUGGUUUAUUAUAUACAAGAGCACGGCCUCUACAGCGCCGAGAGCGAGCAGAAAAAUGCAGAUGUGGUUCUAGCACCCCUUCAGAGAUAUACGGGUUCCUCCUCAAGCUGAAGAAGUUUACUGCUGCAAUAACAGAGAUGUAAGCUGUCUCUACACUGAAGUGCUGUGAGUUUACUGAGUAUCUAAAACAUAUCAUACACCGUUCAGUUUAUUUAAGCUUCCAACAGUGCCUGCCAUACAGAACAGCUCUUUUUAGUAAUGUGUGUGAGGUUUUUAGACUUUUCUAAGUGAAAUUAGUUAGUAACACUGAAACUAGCUUGUGUGUGUGGAAAUUACAGUAGUCAAAAAGAGCAACAAUAACUAAACUGCAGCUCAAUUAGCUGUGUGGUCAUCUAAAUGUCACAGCUACUGUGGAAAUAGAUUUGGCGGGGUUUUUUAACCAAGAAAUCAGCAUACAGUGUGUCUGGUAUUUCAUGAAAUACAAGUAGGAACAAAUUGAUUUUAAUUUUUUUAUUUGGUUUACCUCAAGAGGACAGUGUGCAGGAUUUAGGGGCAUCUCUUGGCAGAAAAUGAUUAUAAUAUUUAGAACUGUUUUCAUUAGGCUAUAGUCACCUGAAACUAAAAUUCUUUGUAUUUUUGUUACCUAAGAAUGAGCUGUUUAUAUCUAAAUAUGGACCGGGGCCUCUUCCAGAGUCCGCCAUGUUGAAAAAUCAAACAUUGGCUCUAUUAUAGGGCCAUUCUUGUUUUCACGUCCACCGCUGUCGUAAUCCCACACACUCGGCACACGGGAGAAGUUUCAGUUUCGCAGCCUCAUCACUACAGUAGAUGCCACUAAAUCCUACUGACUGGGCCUUUAAUAAUGCGUCAGUAAACUCAACUCUAGACUCAUCACAUUUUGUAUUUACAAUAGGAUUUGUUUAUGCACUCCUUCAGGCAAAGCAGAUAAACAUGCUUUCAACUUAGUGCCGCAGAUUUGAAAGUGGAGGUGUGAUUUGUAUCAACUGGAAAUAGAAUAAACAUCCUCUUUGUUUUCCA